AUGUUAAUACGAAGCGAACUGAAGAUAAAAUACGCAAUUCCUUUCAGUUUCCGAUAAAACGUGACACAGGGCGAUAGCCCUACCGUAUUGUAGUUUAUUUAUUUCAUGUAUAUUUAGUUUUAUUGUUUUAGAAAAAUGUUGUGUAAAUCUUAUUUGUUGUUUAUUGGUAUAAUCCUACAUACAAGUGUAGGCCAAUCAAUAUGGUUUUGCGAGAACAAUGCGGAGUGUUCCAGUAUACUGCCUGGCAUGGUCUGCCAGUCUGGCAGUUGUCUCUGCCCGCCAGGCAAUGAAAUUGUAGAUGGCAACUCUUGUGUGCCCGUGGCCACCUACCAUGUUUCUCCGUGUAGAGCAACCUCGCAAUGCCAUAAUCUGAUCAUAAACUUCGAGUGUCGUAAAACCGGUGACAACGAUGUCGGAGAAUGCCACUGCCAAGAAGGCAGUCAUUUCUUCCUAGGCAGAUGUUGGAAAUCAAUAGGCUACGGUGACCAAUGUACUCGAAAUGAAGAGUGUAUGGGAGUGCUGAAAGAUCCCUACAGUUUCGCUUGUAUUGACGGCGUCUGUGCUUGUGCUGAGGGUUACUAUGAGAGGCAGAGGGGAGAGUGCAGGGAGGGUAGUUUCAACGUCGGCGAUGACUGUAUGGUGCAUGAGGAUUGUAGAUUCGAAGGCGGUGUGUGUGAUCUUGGAACACUCAAGUGUGUGACUCCCACAGCCGAGCCUGAACCUGAACCUACAAAGAAGAAAGCAGAAACAAAAUCCGAAUAUACUAUGACCAGCAAUUUGACCAGUACAAGUAUGACAUCGUCAAGGAACCAUGGUAGAGCCUGCAGCACAUCUGAAGAUUGUCCAAAUGUGUUGCGACAUGUACCAGGCUCAUGGGAUACUGUGCAAGUCUCCAUAGGGAUGUGCCAUAACAGGUGUUGCUUCGUGGGGGCUCCGGAGCAGUUUCAAGAUAAUAAUAUUGUUUUUUUAAUAUUUUUUUUAUUACUUUCAGAACUUGGAUCUCCGUCAACGAAUAACCAAUGUGCCGGCUUCCUAGCGCAAGUCAUUGACGGGAUUUGCCGUUGCCCCAAAAACUACUACUAUCAUGAAAAUAUGAGGGAUUGUAUCAAAGCAACACGUCGUUUCAAUGACGCAUGCGUUGACGAUAACCAGUGUCACACAUUUGGUGGGUCCGCGCGCUGCGGGGAGCCUGGGACGUUUUAUCUCAGGACCUGCGACUGCAUCGCCGAAGAGGCUGUUUGGGACGAAAACAGACAAAUCUGUCGAUUAUUUGCUGGAAUUGGAGAAUACUGCGAGGUGGAUAGUGACUGCCUAGCCGGAAACAUGGAAAUCCUGUGUGUCCAUGGAAACGGUGAUGAAAGUGAGAGUGCGGAGAAUGGGAGGGAAGCCGUCGGUGGAGUCUGCUCCUGCCCUGAAGGAUACUCCAAUGUCGAUGGGUUGUGUCUUACCACUGGAUUAGCUCUUGGCGACGCGUGUCAAGCAACCAGCGAGUGCACUGAGACUGUACAUACGGAGUGUAUAGAUGGAUUCUGCUCCUGUUCGGAGGGAUACCUGCCCCUUGAAGGAACCUGCGCCUCGAUUAUUGGCGGUAGCUGUGUUGAAGAUUAUGAUUGCGUCACAGAAAAUUCAAUUUGCGAUUUGGAUAACCAGACGUGUCAAUGUGCUGAAGGCUUCGUGGGAUAUGAUUACGUAUGCUGGCCACAUCUGGUGCACCCCAGUAACCAAUGUACCGUCACAGCUCAGUGCCUCGUCAUCACAGGAGAAGCCAGUUCUUGCGAGGAGGGACAAUGUGUCUGCUUUGAGGGAUACCAUCUACGUGACGGACGCUGCUGGCCGAAGACUGGUCUGUUUGAGCCGUGUUCUCGAAGCAGCGAGUGCUUCCUAGAAGAUCUAACGGAUCGAGUGCAAUGCAGGAACAGUUUGUGCCAGUGUUCAUUUGAAUAUCCUUAUUCUGAAGAAUUAAGGACUUGCAUGUCAUCCGCAACGACUUCAGUCGGCAGCCUCUUCAUGACAAUCCUAGCUUUAAUCUACGUCAAAUUAAAUUACUAACUGGCUUGAUAUCAUCAACGAAAGUUACUGAGUCCACUGGUGGAGUGUGGACUUCCUACAUUACAGGGUUUAUUGUAGUCUACACGCUUCAAAGUCAAAGUCAACGUCAAUGUCAAUGACAAAGUAGAAGUCACAGUCAAUGUCAAAGUCAAAGACAAAGUCAAAGUCAACGUCAAAGCAGUCAGCAGCGUCUAGCUUUAAUCUACGUCAAAUUAAAUUAUUAACCGACUUGAUAUCAUCAACGAAAGUUACUGAGUGCACUGCUGGACUUUGGACUUCCUACAUUACAGGGUUUAUUAUAGACUUGACUACGACCUAUCUAAAUCAAGUUCCCAAACUCACGACCCACCUUUAGCGAAUACAACCGUCACCAAUGUGAAAAAAUCAAACACAGAAUGGUUAGUUUAGUGCGUCUUCUAGAAAAAAGGCCCACUAGAAGUUCGCUUGCAACCUACCAAUAGGUCGCGACCCAUAGUUUAGGAAACCCUGAUCUACAAGCUUCAAAGUCAAAGUCAAAGCUAAAGUCAAGGGCAAGAUCAAAGUCAAAGUCAAAGUCAUAGUUAAAACCAAAGGCAAAGCCAAAAGUCAAAGUCAAAGGCAAAGUAUAAAUCAAAGUCAGACUCAUCAUUCAUAUUAAUCUAGGCACUUAAUUCAAGUGUCAGUUUGUUGGUCAGUCCUCUAGUGAAGCUAUUUAUACGUACGUAGAAGUAUGAGUUUUCUUGAAGCAAUCGAACUUGACUGGUUCAUGCAGACCGUGUAUGGUGACCGUUAGAUAGGCUAUUCAUUUUAGCCUUUAGUUAUUUUCUGGCAUUAAGAUGAACCUGUAGAGUCGCAUCCCCACAAAAGUGUAUAACUCAUUAUACGGCCCCAGCCGUAUAACAGAUAUUUAAUUUAGUCAAUUCAGUGUUAAAUAUGGCGCUGAACUGAAAGAAGCGCAGUAAAAAAAAUUACGUUUGAAUGAAUUAUUUAAGAUUGAGAAUUUUCCCAACAUAUUGUAUUAUAUUCUAAGUUAUUGCUUGUAUUUUUAAGUUUAAUAUAUAAUUUUGUAAAUAAUAUACUCAUAUGUUUUUAUACAG